CUUUCCGAACGAAAUAUUGUAGGUAUUGACAUUGUCAAAUAAUUGUCAAAUUUAGAAUUUAGCGCGGUUCGGCAAUUCGUUUGUAUUGUUAUUUACAAAACGAAAAGCUCGUGUAAUUUUAAAUUAAAUUAAUGGUGUACACGCUAUAAUGUCCUGGAAUAAAUUAUUAUGCAAUCAUCGCGAGCUUCAGCUGCUCGGUACUUUGUCUGGUGGACAAAGUUUUAGGUGGAUACAUAAUAAAGAAAAUGAUGAAUGGACUGGAAUAUUUUCGAAAACAGUGUGGAAAUUAAAACAGGAGAAUGAUUAUUUACUAUACCAAGUCAUCGGUUCGUUAUUGACCACAACACAGACCAUAAUUAAAAAUAAAAAACAAAAAAACACAGCCAACAGGAUCUUUGAAAGUUUAUUAGAACAAUAUUUUAGACUUGAUUUUAAUCUCAGUAAAUACUAUGAACAAUGGUCAGAGAAAGAUGGACUUUUCAAGUCAGCAUGUGAACAAUUUUAUGGGAUCAGAAUGCUCUCCCAAGAGCCAGUAGAAAAGCUAUUUUCGUUUAUAUGUAGUCAAAAUAAUCACAUUUCAAGGAUAUCGAGUAUGGUUGAGAAACUAUGCUCGCAGUAUGGAGAUGAGAUUUGUAAACAUGACGGGGUGACAUACUACGCAUUCCCUGAAGUUGAACAAUUGGCUCAACCAGAGGUACAGUGGAACCAAAGUUAACGGAAGCUAGGUUUUGGGUACAGAGCCAAGUUUAUACAAAAGUCAGCAACACAAAUUGUAGAAUGGGGUGGUAAUGAAUGGUUUAAGAGCUUGCAAGAUAUGAAAUACAAAGAUGCUAAACAGGAAUUGAUGAAGUUACAUGGGAUUGGACCUAAGGUAGCUGACUGCAUCUGUCUAAUGUCCCUCAACCACCUCGAAGCUUUACCAGUAGACACCCAUGUCUAUCAAAUAGCAGCUCAAAAUUAUCUGCCCCAUUUACGAGGAAAGAAGAAUGUCACUGAAAAAAUGUAUGCUGAAAUUGGGGAUCAUUUCAGAAAUUUAUAUGGAGAUAUGGCUGGAUGGGCUCACACGGUAUUAUUUUGCGCGGAUCUAAAGAAGUUUCAAAAAUCAGAUGAAUCUAAUAGUGUUGUGCCAAAAAAGAAAAGGAAAAAAUGAUGUCCUUACUGUGUGAUAUACAUUUUAUUACAAUGAAAUAAAUUGUUACACUAAAUAUUUUCAUGAUUUCCACCACAUUUAAAACUUGACAUUAUUUUAAAAUUGACACGUAUCUCUUCUUAAUUUAUAUGCUGAUUAGAAAGACACCGCUUCAAUUAUAGAAAUUGGCCACCCCUCUAAAAACAUUCAGAUGGUUGGUCUUACAAUGGUUUUGAAAUAAAAUAUCCAAUAUUUCUUU